AUGUCAAAAUUAGCUAAAAAAGACGGCAGAAAUUGACUCCUUUAUUUACUUUAUGUUAGAAACGAGCCAGAAGAAUGCUUAAGGCUUAUAGAAGAAAUUCUCAAAGAAACCAACGACCGCAACGAUUUUGCAUCAUAUAUCAAAGGCUUAAUCCUCACUCCCCCCCCUUUAAAUUGAAACAAAAUAUAGGUAAAAUUCCUACUUUUUUGGGAAAUUACCCCCCUUUAAAUUGAAACAAAAUUUUAUUAUAAUAGAAAAUUUUAUAGGUAAAAAUCAUUAUUUAUAUGUAAAUACGUUAAUACCCUAUAUAAUAUGCUUCAAACAUAUAAGAUUUAGAAAUUAAACUCUAUUUUGUCCAAUUGUUAUAAAUAUAAUUUACUCAAUUUAUUGUCUCUUUAAAUUUAUAUAAUUUAUUUUCUAUAAAAUUUUAUCUCUGAAAAACUUUUAUAUAUAAAUUUUUUUAUAAAAAAAUUUUCUUAACCUCCCUUCAAAUUGAAACAAAAUUUUUUGUUUCAAUUUAAAGGGGGGGGGAGUCAGAUCUCGUGGACAAAUUCCUCAAAGCUUAGAUCUCUUCAGGUGAAGCCAAAAACUUAACCCAUUUUCAGUCGAAAUGGUCAAACAGGUAGGAAGAUGCUUAUACCUCCAAGGGAGAACCAAAGCCUCUAUUGAAGUCUACGAAGAAGCACUCAAAUUGUGUCCUGAUGACUGAGAAAUUUACCAUUUCAAAGGACUUUGCCAUACAAAUCGAAAUGAAAUAGAAGACGCCAUGGACUCUUUUAGAGCGGCGAAUUUAAUACAAAAACAUGAUGCGACCUUUAUGCAGCUUGGAGAAGUCUACGCUAGAAAAGAAGAUUAUAAGUCUGCUAUUGAUACUUAUUUAGAAGCUUUGGAGUUUUCUCCAGAAAACCCAGAAUUAUUGACGACGCUAGGUUUGCUUUAUUUGCGACUAAGCGAAAAUUUAAAAGCUUUUCAAUAUCUGGGCAAUGCUUUGACGCUAGAUGCAACGAACCAAAAAGCGUUACUUGCUACUGGGUCAAUAAUCCAAGACAGAUCUGACCAUGACGCUGCAUUAUUAAAAUACAGAAUUAUUGCAGCCCAUAACCCAAAUUCCGCCCAGCUCUGAAACAAUAUUGGGAUGUGUUUUUUCGGAAAAUCAAAAAAUGUCGCUGCGAUUGCGUGCUUAAAAAAAGCACAAUAUUUAUGUAGAUUUAUAGACUUUAAAAACUUAUACCUAUAUUGUUUUUUUUUAUAUAAAAAUUUCUUGAUGAAUCUCUAUAAAUGGGUAUAGAUCCUUUUGAAUGGAUCAUCGCAUAUAAUCUUGGUAUCGUCCAUUUAAGCACUCAACAGUAUGCGUCUUCUUUUCACUAUUUUAAUGCUGCGAUAUCGUUAAACCCUUAUUUUGCAACUUCUUAUAUGUAUCUUGCUAUGGCUUUAAGCAGCCUAGGAGAUAUAGAAAAUGCCUGUAAUGCUUAUGAAAAAGCUUUAAGCAUGGAAGAGGAUUUUUUGAUUUUUUUGAAUUAUUCGUUAACUUUGUGUAAUUAUGGGAGAAAAGAGAGGGCUGUACAAAUGUAUAUGAAGUUUCAAGAAAUUUUUGAUAAAUUGGAUGCAGCGUCAAAAGAGCUAGAUCAAGAUGUACAAGAAAAAAGAAGGUUGCUGUCUAAAGCAUUAGGGGUUCAGUAA